AUGGAGCAGAACUUAGAGGCGCUUCAGGAACCUGCUAUCACUAAAGCUUCUCUGUGUGAAGCUGAACUUCAGGAAUUAGUGCAUCAAAUUGACAUCAUGGUAAACAGCAAGAAAGUGGAAUGGGAAAGGAAGAUGAAAGCUUUAGAAGCAAAGGUGGAUAUCAAGGAUCAAGAACUAGCAAGUGCCCAAAGCAGACUGGAUGAAAAAGGUCAAGAGGUGGAACUACUGCAACAGAAACUGGAAGACUUACAGAAAACAAAAUAUGAAAUGGCUCAGCAUUAUGAAACACAGUUUCAAGCACUGCAGUCUCAACUUUCAAAGUUGACACAUAGUUAUGAAAAGCUACAGUCACAUCGCUUAAAACAAAAAAAGGUUGAAAAUAGAGAAAAAUGUGAGAAAAGCCUAGAGACGCCACCUGAAUUGAUCAAUUUAUGUGAGAAACUGGGGCCUUGUUUUGCUGUCUUUCAGGCAAAAUCAAGAGAAUGGGAUAAGAAGGAGACAAUCUGCCAAAAUUAUCUUGUUUAUUUAGAUGCUCAACAAAAAUUAAUUCAGAAGCAGACCCAGAAUUAUCAAUACCAAAUAAGCAAUAAGAAACAAAACCAAGACGAGGUAAUUACCUAUGGCCAGCCUGAAAGUGAAAAGGAUGAGUUGAUUAUUGAAAAGCUGAAGGCAACUGUGAAUGAAGUAGCAAUAAGCAAGAAUAAACUAGAAGAGGAAAAUCUGAAACUCCGGGAGGAUCUAAAAAUGUACCAAAGCCAGUGCCAG